AUGUGCUCUCUGGACCUCACCAUUGAUUGUGCCGUGCUUAAAGACCUCCAAUCGGGCAAGCUUGAUCUUGAGGAAUGGAUACUCCUGAGAGCCCGAGACGGUGAUGCAGACCAGGCAAUAUCAGACAACGAGAUUGUCCAGGAGGAGAGGAGUGUAGAGGAAAGUGAAGAACAAGAAUCCAGACUACUGGAUGAGGAGCAGGAGAAAUAUGAAUUAGUCCCAGAUUUUGUCUCAGACCCAGAGGAGGAGGAGCCAAAUAGAGUCACAGAAGAUCUGGACAAAUCUGUUGUUUUAAUGGAGGGUGAGGAGGAUGGAGAAGAGGUAUCCGGUAUUAAGACUGUCGAAGAGGAGCAAAGAGUGAAUGAUACGCCACUUUCUCCAGAGUCUGAACCUGAACGAGAGGAAAUCCAGGAGAAGGUAUACAGCGAGGAAGAGGAGGAGGACAAACUGAAACCUGUCGAAGAAGCAAAGACGAGAAGGACUUUAGUGGCUGUUCGAGAGUUGAAGACUGACUCUCCCUCUGUGUCUCGAGAAUUGGAUGAGCAUGAGCUGGACUAUGAUGAAGAGGUCCCAGAGGAGCCUAGUGUUCCUCCUGCUGAAGAGGAGGAGGAAGAUGAGGCAAAGACUGAAGGAGACGCAGAGGUAGAGACUAUUAAAAGAAAAGAGAAGAAACCCAUCCUUCCUCCUUCUCCCACAGACGACAGAAAGAAUGAAGACGGGAGAGGCAGAGCGCGUAGAGACUCUUUUAGAGACAAGAGAAAUGACGAUGAUGAUGGGGAGAUUGAUGAAGGGGAGAUUGAUGAUGAGGACCUGGAGGAAGGGGAGGUCAAGGACCCCUCAGACAGGAAGAUUAGACCAAGACCUAUUUGUCGGUUCUUCAUGAAAGGAAACUGUACAUGGGGCAUGAACUGCAGAUUCAUCCAUCCAGGAGUCAAUGACAAAGGAAACUAUUCUCUCCUCACAAAACCAGACCCCUUCUCUCCAAAUGGGGCACCUCCUGGAGGUCCACACCCUCUCAUGCCCAAUAACCCCUGGGCUGGUCCUGCGGUGGAAGAACUCCCACCACCUCCUCCACCUGUUGAGCCUCCUGUGGAAAGUGCCUGGGAGAGAGGACUCCGACAUGCCAAAGAGGUACUGAAGAAGGCCACCAUGAGAAAAGAGCAGGAGCCUGACUUUGAGGAAAAGCGUUUUAAUGUGACCAUUGGGGAGGACGAGAGGGAGUUUGACAAAGAGAAUGACUUCUUCAGAGAGCGCAGUUACCGUGUCAUCCGAGAUGAGAUGGACCUCCGAGAGCCUAAUUAUGGGGAUCCUUAUGCUGACCCUUAUUAUGACUAUGAAAUGGAAGCUUUGUGGCGAGGAGGCCAAUAUGAAAACUUCAGAGUGCAGUAUACAGAAGCACCUCUUCCUUACCCCUACAGUGAUCGAGAGCGUGAGCGAGACCUUCGUGAGCGGCCGCGGGACAGAGAGAGGGAGCGGGAUCACCGUGAGAGAGAGCGCCGACAAAGAGAACGGGAGAGGGAUCGUGAGAGGGAGAGGCUGCGGCGCAAAGAUGAGUGGGAACGGGACCGCAUGAAGAAAGAGGAUAAGGAGAGGCCCAAGCUGCGGCCGCCCCGCGAGGCCCGCGAGAAGAAAGAGGAGGACAAAGUGAAAGGCCGCCCAGACUUUGCUGUUCCGCCAGUCAACAGACCUAUGGAGCCGCCAUUAAAAAAGGAUUCUAUACCCUUGGCAAUGAGGCAACCAGACGAAUGGAAGGAUCCUUGGCGAAGGUCAAAAUCUCCAAGGAGACGUGCCAACAUGGGUUCGCCACCGAGAGGCCGACGCCGGCAUCGUCCUUCAGGCUCCUCUGUGUCUCUUUCAAACUCGUCCAGGUCGUCAUCUCGCUCCUCGUCCUACUCUGGCUCCGGCUCCUCUCGCUCUCGCAGCCGCUCCUCCUCCUUCAGCUCUUACACCAGUCAUUCUUCACAGCGCAGCUCUUUCAGCGGCAGCCGCUCCAGGUCUCGAUCUUUCUCUUCGUCUCCAUCUCGGAGUCCCGCACCACCCAGAAACUCAAAGAACAGACCAGUCCCUCCUCCAGGCCCCAAAGGUGUGCCGCCAAAGCCUGGUGCCAUGCCCCCUCCUCGCAGAGACAAGCCUCCUGUAAAAAAAGCCCCCACCCCUCCUCCUCCUACACCUCCUCCUGGACCACAGGCCAGACCUCCCAAAGCUCCAGUAGAGCCAGUGAAAGCCCCCAUCACUCCCCGGGACCCUCCAGUGACUGGUGCCUCAGGAGGAGGCGCUGCAGCAGGACGACCUGCUCCUCCCAAAGAGCCCGGUAAACCUCCCAAUCCUCGUGAAGGCAGACGUAAGGAGCGCCACGCUCCACGAAGGAGGACGGUGAGUGGCAGCGCCAGUGGAAGUGGCAGUAGUUAUAGUGGCUCCAGCUCCAGGUCCAGAUCUUCAUCCAACUCCAUCUCACAAUCCGGCUCCAGAAAGUCCAGAUCGCUGAGUGUGAGCAGCGUGUCGUCUGUGUCGUCGGCCUCCAGCAGCAGCAGCUCAAAGCGCAGUGCAGACUCGGACGACAUGUACGCAGACCUGGCCAGCCCAGUGUCGUCCGCCAGCUCCCUUUCGCCAGGCCGCACGCGCAAGGACCGGCCGCCGCCCAAGGACCGAGCGCCGCCCAAGGACCGAGGGCCACCAAAGGACCGGGUGCCGCACACCAAAGACAAGGCCAGGGAGCGCCCCCCUAAGAAGGAGGAAGGCCCACAGCGAGAGGAGCGCAGGAAGACUGAGGCUGGUGGUGGUCCUCCUCAGAGGGGGAACCCUGUGCCCCGCUCGGCUCCAGGGAGCAGAGGUGCACACCCUUCUCCUGGAAACACUGCACCUCCAGCCGGCUACAGCGGGUCCGGCUCUCACAAAGACAUCAAACUGACUCUUCUUAAUAAGCAACAGACUGAUAAAGGAAACAGGAAAAGGUACCUGCCUUCAGACAAGGACAGGCCUGUGUCUCCUGUGAGCAAAAGGAUGGCCCUGUCUCCUGACAGAGGACGAGACAAGAGAGUUCCUGGUCGUGCUCCUCCUUCUCCUCGAGCAGAGCGCCCCAAACCCCCGGGAUCACGGCCUCUGGGCCCGCAGGGAGACAGGAAACGUCCCAUGUCGCCCCCUCCAAAGACAUCAGGAAAAGCACAAGGUGCUCCCUCCGGCAAAGUCACCACCCCGGGCUCCACAUCGGCCUCGAGCACGGGCUCCAGUAAACCCAGCAACACGCUUUCUCGCCGCGAGGAGCUGCUGAAACAACUGAAGGCAGUCGAGGACGCCAUUGCUCGCAAACGGGCCAAGAUGCCGACCAAAUAG